AGCGAGAGCGAGAGAGAGCGAGAGAGCGAAAGAGAGCGAGAAAGAUCCUGGCAAGAUGUGCGACUGUGGCUGCUACUCGUAUUGCUCGCACGACUUAUCCUGCUAUUCGCACAGCCACUAUCAUUCCCAUUCGCAUCAUUGUUGUGCCGGAUACAAGUAUCUGAAGUGCCUGUGUCGCUACUAUCGACAUGUGCACUGCACCUGCUCAUGUUGGCGCCGAAAAUGUUAUCUGCUCUAAGGCGGCAUUGACAGGUUCGACAACAGCAGCAGCCGCAGCAGAAAGGAACAUGGGGAUGAGGACGAGG